AUGGGCUCCAUUUCGAGACCGGUUACUGAGUUUUGCCUUGAUCUCUACAAUAAGCUCAACAGAAAUGCAGAGGACACAAAUAUCGUCUUUUCUCCAAUGAGCAUCUCUGUUGCCCUGGCCCUGCUCCAGCUAGGUGCAAGAAACAACACUGCUGCUCAGAUAGAAGAAGUGCUCCAUGCCAGGAAAAAUACAGGAAGAAUGAGCCUUGGAUCUGAUUAUGAGAGCACAUCCCCAGAAACACAGCCAGAAGGAAGCCAGGAGAGACAGCUUUCCCCCUCGCAGUGUAACAAGGAUGGGGACCUUAACCAUAAAGAGUUCCAGGCACUGCUUUUACAACUACAGAACCUUGGCGAAAGAUAUGUUUUAACCCUUGCCAACAAUCUCUUUAUACAACAAGGAUUUGAACUCCAGCAGCAAUUUCUAACAUGCUCUAAGGAACUGUAUGGAACAAUGCUGCAAACAGUGGACUUUCAUGGUGCUGUUGAAGCUGCCAGAAUAAAAAUCAACACUUGGGUUGAAAGUGAGACACAAGGUAAAAUCAAGGAACUCUUUGCUCCUGGUGUGAUUGAUGUAAAUGCGUUGCUGGUGCUGGUGAAUGUAGUCUACUUCAAAGCAUCCUGGGAGCACAAGUUUGAGGAACAAAAAACAGUACAGAGAGAUUUUAAACUGAAUAAGAAUGAGAAAAAACCUGUGCAGAUGAUGUAUCAGAAAGGAACAUUUAAAUUAGGCUACAUUGAGGAGAUGGGUGCUCAGAUCCUUGAACUCCCUUAUGCUCAGAAGUCACUGAGCAUGAUCAUCCUGCUGCCAGGUGACAUGGCUGAUGGAUCUACCAGUGGACUGGAGCAGAUUGAAAGCACAAUGACUUAUGAAAAUUUGAUGCUGUGGGCCUCUUCAGAGCACAUGUUUGAGACAACAGUAGAGGUACACCUCCCCCAAUUCAAGCUUGAAGGCACCUUUAACCUCAAUGAGGUAUUACAAGAGAUGGGGAUGACCGACGUCUUCAAUGAAUCAAAAGCUGACCUUUCUGCAAUGUCGUUUGCAAAAUCUCUGGUACUGUCAAAUGUUGUCCAUAAGACGUACGUGGAAGUCAAUGAGGAAGGCACUGUAGCAGCAGCUGGUACAGGAGCUGCCAUUGUGAGGAGGUCUCUUCCUCUCACGGAGGUUUUUAUGGCUGAUCACCCUUUCUUGUUCUUUAUUAGACAUAAUCCUACUAAUACUAUUCUUUUCUUUGGCAAACUCUGCUCACCUUAA